AUGGAUGAAGGAAGAGUAAAGAAAUAUACCGAUUUUAUAAAUUCUUUUGCGAGUUUUAAUAUACUAGAUAGUCAUAAUAAAUGCAAUCAUAUGGAAAAUAAAGACAACUUAAUAGAUAUGAUUGAAUAUUUUUGUAAUUUUUUAAUUAAAUAUUUUUAUAAUGACAUUAAUAUGGAUACUAUUAAUAUUAAAGAGUCAAAUUUAGACUCAGAACAAUUGUGGUAUUUAAUCGAAUGUUUAAUAAAAAAAAAAAAAUUAAAUAACCUUCUUGAAUUUUUUAAAAUAUAUGAAAAGCAGAUUGAUGAAGAAAAUUGUGAUAGAAAGAAGGACAAGAAAAUAAAAUCAGGAUAUAAGAUAAAUAAAAAUAUAAAUGACAAAUGCGAUGAUAAUGAAUCCAUUGAAACUUAUGAAGAUAAAAUAUUUUCUCAAAAAAAAAAAAAAAAAACACAGGAGAAUAAAAUGAAUAAUGACCAUAGCAUAAAAAAAAGAAAAUUAAAUUCAAUUCAAAAUAAAGAAUCUAAAUUAAAUAAAAAGAAAAAUAAUAAUGACAUUGAGAGUGACCAUAGUAAUAAUCUUGAGGAAGAUGAGAAUCAAGACAGGUUUUUUAAUUUUGAGGAAAUGGAAUCAUUUUUAAAUAAAGAAGAAGAAAAAAUGUUAAAAUUAAAUGAACAGGAGGAGGUAAAAAUAGAUGCACUAAAUGAAAAUUAUGAAUCUGAUGAUAAUCAAGAAAGUGAUGAGGAAGAAAUUGAUUUGAAUAAUUUUGAGGAUACAUAUGAGGAUGCGAAGAAAAUGAAAUAUGCAGAUUUUUACAAGGAUGUAAAUGGGAUGGAUAAUUAUGAUGAAGAUGAUGAAGAUGAUGAAGAUGAUGAAGAUGAUGAUAAUUAUGAUGAUGAUAAUGAUAAUUAUGAUGACGAUGACGAUAAUUAUGAUGACGAUGACGAUAAUUAUGAUGACGAUGACGAUAAUUAUGAUGACGACAAUCAUGAUAAUGAUGACGACAAUCAUGAUAAUGAUGACGACAAUCAUGAUAAUGAUGACGAUAAUUAUGAAAAGAAAAAAUUAUAUGAUCGUAAGAUAGAACAAGAUAUAUACGAAAUAAACCAAUUUGACAGUCGUCGUAGUGAUAAUGAGGAUUCUUUAUCAAACGAACAUAUUGAUGAUAAAAAAAAUGAUGAUCUUCAAGAAAAAGAAAAAAUCGAAAAAGAAUUAGUUGCUGAAAAACAUUGGUCUUUAAAAGGAGAAGCCUAUGGAUAUAAUAGACCAAAAAAUAGUAUUUUAAAUUUAAAUUUUGAAAUACCGAAGUUGAAUACAUAUAAUAAUAAUAAUACAUUAGAAAAUAAAAAUGUAGGAAAUAUGGAAAUUACAGAUGAUGAUGAUGAUGAUGAGGAAGAAGAAGAAGAUGGUGAUGAUAAUAAUAAUAAAAAUAAGAAUAACAAUUCUUCUAAAAAGAAAGAAAAUAAAAUGAACACACUAAAUAAUGAAAUCGAAACUGUUGUAAAACAAAGAAUACAAAAUAUGCUUUUUGAUGAUGUAGAAAAAAAAACUAUAGAAGAUAUUGAACUUGAAGAAUUUAAUAAAAAUGAUGAAAUAAAUUUUGAUAAUUUAAAUUUUUCUAAAAGUAAAAUAAGUCUAGUAGAUGAAUAUACACAAAAAUAUCAAGAGGAUAUUAUAAACUCACAAUCAAAAAAUAAAGAAAUUAAUUUACAAAAAAUAGAAAUUAUGAAUCUAUUCAAAAAAAUUAUGCAUGCAUGUGAUUCUUUAUCAAAUGACUAUUUUAUUCCAAAACCAAUUUUAUUAAAUAAUAAAAAUAAUAAAAUGGCUACAUUAAAUAUUGAAGAUUCUGUACCUAUGAUUUUAUCUGACAAAAAUAAAAAAACAGCAGAAGAAAUAUUCAAGCCUCAACAUAUAAAACAAGCAAAUGAAUUAAACAAAGAGGAAAAGAAAUCUUUAAGAAAAUCAAAAAAAAUCAAAAAAAAAAAAAAAAUAUUAAACCAAUUUAAACAAACAGGUAUUAAUGAACUAAUAAAAAGAAAUACUGAAAUAAACAAUAAAAAUAAAAAAAAUAAAGAUCAAAAAAUUAAUCAUAAAAAAUAUGGAGUAUCAUCAAAAAAUAAUUUGCAAAAUAACAAAAUUGGAAACAGGUACAGUUUUGGUAGGGAAAUAGCCAAAGCACUAGAAAUGGAUAAAAUAAAAAAUAAAAUAUAA